AUGGCAGGAAUCCGCGCCCUGCUCCUCCUCGUCGCGGCCCUCUUAGCCACACCGCCGGCGGCCGUGAACGCGGCCACGCUGGCGGAGAUCUGCAAGGGGACCGCGUUCCCCGACAUCUGCACCAGCACGGUGGGCCCGGAGGCGGCGAGCAACCCGGUGCUGGACCCGAUGGCGGUGCUGCGGAUGCAGGUGGACGCGUUCAACCAGCGCACCGAGGCGGCGCGGGCGCACGUCAAGGAGGCGGCCCUGACGGCGUCCCCGAAGGCGCGGACGGUGCUGGACCUGUGCAACAACCUGUACCUGGACGUGGAGGACAACCUGGGAGCCUGCCGCCGCGCCAUCGGCUUCAAGGACGCCGUCACCAUCCGCGCCACCAUGGGCAUGGCGGCGCAGGACAUGCAAAACUGCGACGAGCAGUUCAGGCAGAUCGGCGAGCCCAACCCCAUGGAGCAGUUCGACGCGUCGCUCGUCGAGAUGUCCGAGAACUGCCGCUCGCUCUCCAACAUGAUCUGA